CACCCAUCAGUGCACCCAACUUCACAUUUGAGGCCAAAUCAGCUUCUUUGUUCUCUAGAGAGCGGGCCUCAAAAUAGCAUUCUUGACUAACCAUGUCAAGGGACCCACUAGUAGUAGGACAUGUAGUAGGUGACAUUCUGGACCCAUUUAUUAAAACAGCCUCACUUAAGGUUCUGUACAACAACAAGGAACUGACCAAUGGAUCUGACCUCAAGCCAUCACAAGUAGCAAGUGAACCAAGGGUUGAAAUUGGUGGGCGCGACAUGAGGAACCUUUACACUCUGGUGAUGGUGGAUCCAGACUCCCCAAGUCCAAGUAACCCAACAAAUAGAGAAUAUCUUCAUUGGUUGGUGACAGACAUCCCGGAAUCAGCAAAUGCUAGCUAUAGAAAUGAAAUUGUCAGCUAUGAAAACCCAAAGCCAUCUGCUGGAAUACAUCGCUUUGUCUUUGUACUCUUCCGCCAGUCUGUCCAGCAAACCGUUUAUGCACCAGGAUGGAGACAAAAUUUCAACACGAGAGACUUUUCUGCGCUCUAUAAUCUUGGACCUCCAGUGGCUGCAGUUUUCUUCAAUUGUCAAAGGGAGAAUGGGUGUGGAGGAAGACGAUAUAUUAGAUAAAUACCAUCUCACUGACUGUGCACUGCAAGAAGGAAUAUUAAUUAAAUUUUAAAAAAAACAUGGCCAGCCACUUCACAAAGCCAU